AAGCUGGCCAUGUUUGUGGUUUCAUCCGGUCUCGAUGAUCCCUUACCCGGUAGACUUGAGUGUGCGAGGCGAAAAGGGUUGGUUUUCCCGUAGUGGUUUCGGGGUGUUCAUUGGCUCCUCGUGUUGGUGGAUGGUUUCUGUAAAAUUGAGUUGCCGAGCCAGACUUCAGUUGGGUUGUGCAUGUUUUGUUCUAUGUAGCAGCUUUUGGUGUUGCGAUUGUUUUUCCCCUAGUGGAAAGAGCCGUAAUUGAGCUAUUAAGUUCUGGAUAUCGUGAAACAGGUCGUGAAAGAAGAAUGUGUUUUUUUCUGGUCGUGGCAGUCUGUAGUGAUUUCUAGGACAAUCAUGUUACUCUACUCUGUUAAGCACAGAACUGGAGACAUUGAGUUCUCUCUGAAUAUAUCCGCGAUGUUCGCGCAACUACAGUUUGAUCUUCCAAUAAAUAUACUAUGGAUACUGCUUGUAAUGGGAGGCUGCUGUUGUUCGACUCGGAAAGCUCAUCUGAAUGGGGCACCUGUAUAUUAUUAUUAUCCUCCAUCUUUGGAAGAGCAUGAGUCCCUCACAUCGCAUGAUGCUACUGCUGCUGCCAUCACGUCAGGGUUUUUAGUUGAUUUGCAGUUAGAGGCAUCAAUGCCCGAUAAUUUUCGUCCUCCACCGCUGCCUUUACCCUAUGACACAGUGUCGAGAUCACUACCAAUAGGCACUGACUCUGUUAGGGAACCAGUUUGCCUAGAACACAUGGAGCCAGACUAUAAAGCUCAGUCCACUGCUCCAUUAGGCUCGCCAAAAGCAAUUGAAGUUUCUAAAUCAAAUGACCUCAAUGUUUCGGUAGCGGAUGAGGAGGAUGUUUGUCCCAUUUGUCUUGAAGUGUAUGACGAGGAUAACCCAAGAUUCAUCACUAAAUGUGAACACCAUUUUCAUCUCUCGUGCAUCCUGGAGUGGAUGGAAAGAAGUGACAUCUGUCCCAUCUGUGAUAAGAUCAUGGAAUUCGACAAUUCCUUCGAUUUGUAGCUCUUCUUGCCAGCUGAAGUCUGAGUGCGUUCGGCGGAGGUGGUCGACUUUGCAUUGCCGAGGCAAAUUUUCUCGUUUUCAAUGGUUCUGUUGAUGGUGGCUUCUUGUACAUAAUCUGUCUGGUUUAGCUGUUUGAAGGUUAUACAGGAAAUUCAGGGGGGGUAAAGAAAAAGCUCGGUUUCCAUUGUCUCAAUUCUUUGUUAUAACUCCAGUCUCCGGCCUCACAUGGAUCUGCAUCUAUAAUUUUGCCCUAUUUUUUGAUUGAGGCGAAUAAUAAUCCCUGAGGAAAAGGAGAUCUGGAAUUGCCGGUUCAGCUGUUUUGAUUGUCCUUCAGCAAGAUUCAUCUUGUACAGUCUUUGUUUCUUUUGCUUCUGUUUCGACUCCUGAAGGUAUCUAAGCUACUUAUAUGGUGGCUCUUUCUUUAAAUUUUUUCUGGGGUAUUAAAGAAAUUCGUUAUGUUUCUGACGAAUUGGGGGUUGUAAUGUAUGGGGAGACAAAGGAUCUUCGGUGGAAAAAGCAUGUGAAAUGUUCGGAAAA